UACAUCCCUCCUCUCUCUCACUCCCCCUCACCUCUUCCCUUUCAUUCAACUCUCUCCAUCUCCCUCUGAGCUGGACCGCUCCGGGCUUUUCUCCUCUCUACUGGACACUGUUGUUCGGUGUCCCCCGGGCCAGAAACUUCGUGACCCAUCGUGCGGAAGUAGCCAUGACCGAGCCCGCCCUGCAGCACCCGGCGCCCGCAGAGCCCCCUUCUCCACGCAGCCCUCGCCUCCAGCCCGUCCAGGUACCCCGCCUCCCACAGCGCCUUACCUUGCCUCGCAGGGACUAGAUACCUCUUUCUGCGUCUCAUAUCUUCAAAUUCGUCCAAUGUGGAAUUCUCUCAGAAGAAUGUUAUUGACCUAGUAUAAGCCUUAUUGUAACACCAAAACACCAGGACGAACGUGAAUUACACAUAACGUAGCGGGGGAGUCGAUUGGACUUCCGCAGCUGUGAGCCGUGAAGGCGCUUUCACCUGUUCCUCUCAAGCCCGGAGGCUGCAGCUGUUUGUUGUCCUAACCUCUCCCCGCGCUCCGCCCCUCCCCGCUCCACCAGCCAUAGUGACAGCCAAGAAAGGUAGCCCUCUGGUCACAGUGGCACGGCCACCCCGCCCCGCACCGCCACACCCCACCCACCGCAAGCGGAUGCCAACGAGAGUGUCCACUGACUCUUUGACCCUCCACUCCAUCCAGCGGAUUAUAAACACACUAGUGAACUCUCCGGACUGUCGGACCGGCUCUGACGGACAAGGAGACUGACUCUGGGCGAAGUUCCGUAGUGGAGGGGGGAAGAGAUGCGGUCCCUUCUCUCCACGCUCGCUGUCUUAUGUAUCCAGAUGUUGCUGGUGAUGUGCAAUCCAUUGCAGCAGGUGUUUGGCGUGGAUGGGGUUAACUUCAGCGUGCACGUGGAGAACCAGACCCGGGUGAGAGAUGCUAUGAGCCGGCGGCACCACCGGGUCUACCAGCUCUACAGUCGCACCAGCGGCAAACACGUCCAGGUGCUGGGUAGACGCAUCAGUGCCCGAGGAGAGGACGGAGACAAAUAUGCCCAGCUUGUAGUGGAGGCUGACACCUUUGGUAGCCAGGUGAGAAUCCGCGGCAAAGAGACCAACUUCUACCUGUGCAUGAACCGCCGUGGCAAGCUGGUGGGAAAGAAGGCCAGUAAUAAAAGUCAAGACUGUGUGUUUGUAGAAAAGGUUCUGGAGAACCACUACACCGCACUAAUGUCGGCGCGAUACGCCGGCUGGUACGUGGGCUUCACCAAGCGGGGGCGCCCUCGCCGCGGCCCCCACACGCUGCCCAACCAGCAGGACGUCCACUUUAUGAAGCGCUUCCCACCAGGGGAGUACCCCGAAACCACGCCCUUCCGCUUCACAACAGUCAACAAGAGGAGUAAGAGGGUCCGUGCCCCCGGGACCCGCUAGCAGCUAACGCUAACGGCUACCAUCCAUCUACUGCCCAUUGCCGCCUGUACCUGCUUUUCCACAUGAUAAGUGGCUAAUUAGCGCCAUUGGACCCGGCUAACAUCAACUGCACCUGUUUCUGAAGCUAAUAGAUAAUGGACCAGUGCUACACAAACACUCCUUACCACCUGACCCCACCUACUGGGACAACAUGUACUCUUCUCCAGACCCUGGCUGGUAGGCCUACUAACUGGGCUACUAGCACAGUACACCCCCUAACUUGACACUUGUCCCUACUACCUGUCACUGCCCCAGGGUUCACUAUUUCUGUCCAUUGACUGAAGGCCACUAAUAAUAACUUUAUUUGUAUAGCGCUUUUCAAUACAAGUAACAAAGUGCUUCACAUCAUAAAAUAAUCAAAUGAAAGUACUAACAAAAUAGAACAAGCCUAUAGCCCUGCUACUAGCCCAUCGACCUGGCCCACUCCCCUGCAAGGCCCAGAAGCUAUGACAAGGCCCCUGAAAGGUAGCUAAACUGACGCCCAGGCUUUCCACCUUAUGUAGGCCUCGUUUCCCUCCAACCCCCAAGCUUGAACAGAACGGUGCUAUUGCACUGUCCCUUAGCAGUGGCCUGUUAAGCUCUGCUUUAGAACAAACAUACGAAAACUGGUCACUUGGCUGGUUUAGCACGCAUCUCUGCGUUAAGGUAAACGUGAUUGCUCUGAUAAAACAAGAAUGUCUUCAGUGUGUUUAAACUCCUUAAAAUCACUUUGAAGGUUAAAAUGUAGCUAAGCUAGCGACACUGCAAUAGCCCCAACCUUUCUCCCAGGCUUGGACCAGAGCAGCUAUCCAACACUGUCCAGGACUGGAUGAUCGCCAAUGAUGGAGCGAAAGACAACGAGACGAGAGACAGACAGACAGAAGGACAGACUGACAGAGAGGGGGACAGACUGGGGAACAGACUGGAGGUCUAUGGGACAGUGGCACCAUGAGAGAAAUGGUGGAGCAACAGGUGGACAAACAGGAAACAGGAAGAGGAACACAGGAAGUCAGUGAAGCGGAGGAUAAAGCCACAGAACAGGCCAGAAUGGCACCGUGGUGGAAUGGAUGGACUGCUUUGGAUGCACUUCUCUCUGCCUCACUCCUCUGGCGAGGAGAAUCUGUGUGAAUGAAUGUAUGUACAUUGUGUGAGUGUAUGUGUCAGUGUAAGGGCACCAAAGACCAUUUGUGAAGCUGUUUGGCGGGAAUCUGCCCUGUAUAACCUCCCCCAACGACUCACUAAAGGGACUGAAGCUUUAAGAACCAGAAUGUACAAACCAAGCUGCACCCAAAAUAAACAAACUCUAAUGACCACCAAAGACAACUGGAGACCAGCGACAUAUCAACUCCCCAAGUCCCACCCCCAGGACAGAAUUCCCUCUUCUUAUAGGACCAGAGGGUGAUGACGGGUGCAUGGGGGGGAGGGGGCCUUCUCUUCAUAUUAGCGUUGCUAUAGAAACGACCCAGGGGAUGACGCUCCUGUGCGAUACCAUGGAUACAGAAUGCUGCUACCAGGACAUUCACUAAAGCACCAAAGUCUCAUACACAAAAUAUUAAAGGGAACAAUUUAUGAAAAGUUAUAUAUAAAGAUGACAAAAAAAACAAAAUAAGCAAUCUUACUAUGAUUGUCACUAUAAUUGUUAUUAUAAAAUGAUUUAAUGUAUUUAUUUCAGCUGUUUGCUGAAGUCUUUCUAAAGUCAGUAAAGGUCACAGAAGCCCG